AUGGGAGCCGCGGAGACUCGCGACAGAUCCUCCGGUUUGAUCGCGGAGGAAGUCAAGAAAGGCCUAAGCCGCCCCCCUUGCCAGGUGCUCAGCAACGCCCUCAGAGGGGCGUUGGCAGAUUCCCUCGUCUUGGCCUGGAGCCCAGCAUGGUUUCUCCUUUCGAUACCUAAUGGUCAGAACCUGAAAGUAAUCGGCUCCAAAGGGUUUGUUUGGAUUGAAGUGUCACUUCGCGGCGCAGGACGUGAAAGGAUGAGCCGCUCCGGCCGCGGCCCCCCCUGCCUUUGCAGAAGUCAAGACAUCGGCCAUGAAAACCAUAGCGAACCCCAGACUCGCCCUCGGUGGUUCAAAGCGCCCAAAAGCAUUCCAGUGCCAGAGCUCAUCGCGCUUGGACACAAUCAUGAAGAUGACUGUUCGCUGUAUGUCGUCUUCGGCAUGGCAGCCGACCGCGCUUCUCGCGCUUGCUUCGAGGAGCUGGAGUGGUAUGGGACCCAUUCCAUGGACGACAAAGCCGAGAACGACAACAAAGCCGCUCAGCCACCAAAGAAGAAGCAGUGUUUCAAAGAACUAGUUUCGAAUGGAGAGAGGUUGUAUCUGGCCUGA